GCAGCCGACCUGGUCACAAAAACCGAUUGUGCUGUAGAAGAGUUGUGUUUCAAGUCACUCAAGGCAUUCUAUCCAGACCAUGUUUUUAUUGGAGAAGAAUCAACAUCUACAGUCACUCGAUGCUCCUUUGAUAACCGACCAACAUGGAUCAUUGAUCCUGUUGAUGGUACAAUGAACUUUUGUCAUGGAUUUCCCUUUACAGCCAUCUCUAUAGGUCUUUGCAUCAACACACUUCCUGUUCUUGGGGUUAUUUACAAUCCAAUUCUUGACCAUCUCUACUAUGCAACAUCUGGCACAGGAUCAUAUCUGGUUUCCCCAUCAACUGGAAUCUUGUGUCCACAACGACUUCCUCUCAGUCCAUCACCAGUUCCAUCUUCCCUAGCAACAGCACUCAUUGCCACCGAGUAUGGUGCAAGCAAAGAUACAGACAUCCUCCAUGCCAAGAUUCGCGCAAUCCAGCGUGUCAUUACAACUCCUGUUGCUGGCAGAGGAAUUCGAAGUCUUGGGUCGGCUGCUCUUUCCAUGUGCAUGGUGGCCGAGGGUGGAGUAGACGCAUAUUAUGAAGCAGGUAUCCAUGCUUGGGAUAUCUGUGCUGGUAUAGUGAUUGUGCGAGAAGCUGGUGGU